GAUGGUGACGCAACUGUAUUCAUCUUCAUGUCCUUCCGUGGCGCAACAGACUCUCGUGAGUCAGCAACAGCCAUACUUAGCCACGGGCCGAACGUGGCUGUUAUGGUGUGCAUGUGGUGGUGGCUCUGUGGCGUUUAAGCUGUGGGAAAUGGUUGGUCUGGACGAGGCCACCCAUCUCGUUCUCGUGAGCAAGCGAACGCAAAUGGUUGCAACCUGCGACUUCCUGUGCCCUUCGUGCGAUGUUACGACCAACGUCUUGCCUCCUUUCACCGGCGCCAGUGGUGGCACCACUGCUAUCUCACCCGCGCAACGAGACUUGUUGGAAAGAUUCUGCAACUACGAGCUAUCUAUCGCAGUAUGACCUGUGGCUGCACUUGGACCACGUGCGUCACGACAGGCUGCUUGAAAUGCUGUCACUAC